AAAUGGCGGGGUUAUUUCAGUAGUAGCAUGCGGCUCAAAGGUUUUUAAAUUUUUGCGGCGAAACAUAACGAAGUUGCAAUAUGUUCAAUCGAGGCAAAAAAAAAGUAAGAGAACAGUAGUGGGAAGCAUAAGGAAAUAAUUGACUUAAUGAGUUUUACGAAACAUGCCAUCUCAACUGCCUCCUAAAGAAAACACGAUUUUCAAAAGAAUUUUGAAAUGUUACGAGCAAAAACAGUACAAAAAUGGUCUGAAGUUUUGUAAGCAGAUACUUUCAAAUCCAAAAUUUGCAGAGCAUGGUGAAACUUUGGCAAUGAAAGGUCUGACAUUAAGUUAUUUAGGAAGAAAAGAUGAAUCUUAUGAAUACGUUAAACGAGGUCUCAAAAACGAUCUUCGUAGUCAUGUGUGCUGGCACGUUUAUGGACUUUUACAACGAGCUGAUCAUAAGUAUGAUGAAGCAAUUAAAUGUUACAGAAAUGCAUUAAAAUGGGACAAGGAUAAUAUUCAAAUUUUACGUGAUCUUUCAUUGUUGCAGGUGCAAAUGCGUGAUAGUGAAGGUUUUAGGGAUACACGAUACCAACUUUUAAAGAUUCGUCCAGCACAACGUCAAUCUUGGAUAGGUUAUUCAAUCUCAUAUUAUUUACUUGGCGACUAUGAUAUGGCUUUUUCUGUAAUGGAAGAUUUCCGUAAAACUAUAAUUCCAGAAAAUUCAAAUAAGGUUGAUUUUGAACACAGUGAGAUGCUACUUUAUCAAAAUAUGGUUCUUUCUGAACAAGGCAAGAUUAAAGAAAGUUUGCAACAUUUAGAAAAAUAUGAAAAUCUUAUUACUGAUAAAUUGAAAGUUUCUGAAAUCAAAGCGUCUCAGCACAUGCAAUUAGGAAAUUUUAGUGUAGCAGAAAAGAUAUAUCGAAAUCUUUUAAAGCGCAAUCCAGAAAAUCAUAUGUAUUAUGAAGCAAUUGAAAAGUGUACUUCUGCACUUAAACAGAAAAGUUUAGAAGAAUCUGAUCGCUUAGCCAUUUAUUUGUAUUAUAAAAAGCGCUAUCCUUGGUGUGAAACACCUAGAAGAUUGCCAUUAAAUUUUACAUCAGGAAAUCUUUUUAAAGAAUUGUUAUCUGAUUAUCUUCAAAAUGCACUUAAGAAGGGCAUCCCUCCAUUGUUUAAAAAUUUGCAAAAUCUUUACCAGAAUACUGAAAAAGUUUUGAUUAUUGAAAAUAUGGUUAACAACUUUGCUAAAAAUUUGCUUGAGUGUAACAAAUUUGAUCCUAAAGAUGGUGAACUACAGGAUCCAACUGUUCUUCUAUGGACUGAAUUCUAUCUUGCACAGCAUUAUGAUUAUAUAAAAGAUACAGAGAAAGCACUUUUUUACAUAAAUAAAGUAUUAGAUCACACACCUACGCUAAUAGAGGGUUAUAUGGUUAAAGCAAAAAUUUAUAAGCAUGCAGGUGCUUACCAGGAAGCAGCUAAUUGGAUGGAUGAAGGUAGAAGCUUAGAUACUGCUGAUAGAUAUGUCAAUUCUAAAUGUGCCAAAUAUUUGUUGAGAGCAAAUGAAAUUCAAAAGGCUAUUGAAACUUGUGGAAUGUUUACCAAGGAAGGCAGCUCACCAGAUGAUGACCUUGACUCCAUGCAAUGUAUGUGGUUUGGAAACGAAUGUGCAGCAGCACAUUACCGUCGAGAAGAAAUUGGAGAGGCCCUUCGGAAGUGUCAUCAAAUAGAAAAAAACUUUAAUGAGAUAGUAGAAGAUCAAUUUGACUUUCACACUUAUUGUAUGCGUAAGGUCACUUUAUGCGCUUAUAUAAAACUUCUCAAGCUUGAAGAUGUUAUAAGGAAUCAUUCAUUUUACUUUGAUGCUGCUAGAAUUGCUAUUAAGUGCUAUAUUGAACUUUAUGAUAAACCGUAUUCAAGUGAAGAAGGUGGUGCAGAAAAUAACAAAGGAAGCAUGUCAGAUAAAGAAUUUAAAAAAUUAAAAAGUAAACAACGAAGAGCUCAAAAGAAGCAGCAAAUUGAAGAAGAGAAAAAAGAUCAUAAAGAGGUUGAGAUGAAAAAGAAUGACGAUGGAAAACCAGAUCCUUUAGUAUUAGUUAAGUGCAAAAAUCCUUUAGAAGAAGCAGUUAAGUUUCUUCGUCCAUUACAGUUACUUUCCAAACAGAAAAUUGAAACCCAUCUAAUGGCUUAUGAGAUUUACUCAAGAACAAAUAAGCCAUUGUUAAUGCUUCAAUCAGUAAAACGAGCAUAUCAUUGUGACCCUACUAAUUCUCAGCUGCACUGUUGUUUAGUUGAAUUUUUAGCUAAAGUUCGAGAAGAAGCAGGUUCAUAUAAUGCUAUUGUAAAAUUGGUCAUCGACCGUGAACUACCUCUUAUUGUUAGGGAGCAAGAUCCAUUUAAAUUUAAUGAUGAUUACUUACUUUCAAAUCCUAAUUCUCUCAAGACACGGAUAGCUGUUGGUUGGAGCAAAUUGUACUUGGACCCAUCUAGCAAAGACGAAGCUAUUAAACUAAUUACCGAUUUAACCACACGUGUCGAUUUGAGUUUGCAGGUUUGCGUUGAAGUGUAUGAAAAGUUGAUAAGUAAAGGAUUGUUAACUGAAGCAAGGAACUACAAAUUGGCUUGUCACCAGGUUUUUCCACGUGCUGAUUUAUUUAGGCCAGAUAACAUAGUCGAAAAUGACGAUAGCCAAGGUUAAGCACAGAUUAGCGAACAUCUGUUUUCAGUUCGUGCAAAUAAUCGUAAUACCUGAAAUGCUUUCAAGUUGGAAAUAAUAAUCUCAUGAAGAGCGUUUCCCUUAAAUUGACAAAAUCCUCUUUGUCUCGUGAAAUAACGUCACCAUCAAACAAAGAAACUUGUUUGUUAUAUAGAUUCUUACUUUUUUUAGAAACCUUUUUCCUACCUUAUUGUUGUCAUACAGUCAUCACAAUAUUUUAAAUAAUUCCCAUAAAUUUCUA